UUGCGCAUGCGCCUUGUUGUGGUCCAGCUUCUGUGAAGAUGGCGGCCGUUAACUCGGGUCCUGGGAGAGCAGCAUUCUGAGAAACUGCUGCCGGACUAAACGCCCUAAAGAGGUUGCCAGAGGAUGAGGAAUUACGGUUAGGGAUCACAAAUCCAGCAGCACCUCGGAUCAAUGGAGGCAUUCAGUUUAUCACAACCAAAAUGUAAUUGGAUGUUAAACAUGACAGGAAUGAGCACAGUUCACUGUGACGAGAAGCCCUGCACAUGUUUUGUGUGUGGACAAGCCUCCAGCCAGUUUUCUGGUUCGUUGAAACACAAGUGCAGUCACACUAGGGAGUGACCGGGAAAUGUGGAGAUUGUGAUGAAGGAUUCAAAUCCCUGCCUGAGUUGGAUAUCCAUCGGCGCAAUUGCACUGGGGAGAAGUGUAGGUAGUGGAAUGUCCCUUCUAAAUAAAAUAUCAGCUGUUUUGGGACAUUGAAAGCAAUACUAGCCAGCUGAAUGGCAUGCUGGGAAAACUGGCCAACUGAACAGUAUGUUGGGAAUUGGAUGAAGCCAGACAGAUAUACAAACCAUUCACUUUGACGAUUGAAUGGGUUGUUGAUGAGACACUGCUGCAAGCUUUUGUGUGGAACAAUAGAUCUAAACUUUAAUAGAAUUGUUUUUGAGACACCUUGGCUCCUAGGGUUGGUUCCAUCAAGCAGGAAAAUUACAGCAUCCAAUACCGUCUUUUAUAACACACUUCCUGUUACAUCAAACUACUGCUAAGCCACUGUACUCGGAAAUGACUCAGAUAACUCAUUAAAAGAAGCCACUCAAAUCAGAGGGGUCUCUCACACACUUCACAGAACAUCAGGACGAAGAAGCAGGAACCUUGGGAGCAGGAAGAACAUCCUCAACUCCAGUUCAACCAGCUCUAAUCGGGGAUAUGAAUUGAGAAUAAUUUACAGACCAGGAUCUCAAAACCAGUUCUAACAGAAUCAGCAGAGUGAUCAGAAUCUGAAUGUCAUUGGCAUUUAACUGUGGAAGGAAAAAGGGAGACCAGAAUUGAACACAGUAUUCCAAAAUUGGCUGAACUAAUGUCCUAUGAAGACUUCCCACCUCCUGUACUCAAUGCACUGACAAAUAAAGGAUUUUGAAUAUUGAAGGAAAAAGCACCAUUCACACUGGGGAGAAACACGUAUUGUCUGUGUGUGGAAAAGCCUGUGAAGAUUCAUCUGAAUGUCCAAAUGCCAGUGCAGUCACCCUGGGGAGAGACUGUGGAUAUGUGGGGAUUGUGGGAAGGGAUUUCUUGACCCAUCCGAGCUUAAAACUCACCCGUGCAGUCACACUGGGGAGAAGCCAUUCACCUGUGCUGAUUGUGGGAUGGCAUUCACUCGGUCAUCCAGCCUGCUGAGACACGAGAGGGGUCACACUGGGGAGAGACCAUUUACCUGCUCUGAUUGUGAAAAGAGAUUCACUUCAUCAUUCAGCCUGCAGAUACACCAGCGAAUUCACACAGGGGAGAGACCAUUCACCUGCUCUGAUUGUGGAAAGGGAUUCAAUUCAUCAUCCAACCUGCAGGUACACCAGCGAGUUCACACAGGGGAGAGACCAUUCACCUGCUCCGUGUGUGGGAAAGGAUUCACUCAGUCAUCUAAACUGCUGGAACACCAAGGAAUUCACACUGGAGAGAGACCAUUUAAAUGUGCCCAGUGUGGGAAGGGAUUCACUUCCUCAUCCAGCCUGCUGAAACACCAGCGAGUUCACACUGGGGAAAGACCAUUCACCUGUUCUGAAUGUGGAAAAGGAUUCAUUUGCUCAUCUAAACUACUGGAACACCAGCGAGUUCACACUGGGGAAAGACCAUUCACCUGUUCUGAAUGUGGAAAAAGAUUCACUCGGUCAUCUAUCCUGCUGGAACAUCGGCGAGUUCAUACUGGAGAGAAACCAUUCACUUGCUCUGAUUGUGGGAAGGGAUUUAGCAAAUCGUCCAACCUGCUGAGACACCAGCAGGUUCACAGUGGGGAGAAACAGUUACUCAUUCAACUUACAUGCUGAUAGAGCAGCCUGUUCACUCUACAGAGAGCUCUUUCACUUGUUUUGUAUGUGGGAAUGGACACACCAGUGAAAUGACACUAGGUGAAUUCUGUUCAUCUGCUGUGUUUGUGUAAAAAGCUUUGCUGUUUGCUAAUACACCAGCAAAUUCACAAAGAGUCACAGGUGAACGAUUUUGCUUUUACUCACACCAAGGAAUGAACUUUGGUCAUGGGGCUGUUUGUACUAAUGUUAUUAAACCCUGCUCUACUAAAGGUACUGAUUAUUGUAGAUAAAAUGUUGAUACAGUUGUGUAUCUGUCAGAUUUGUUUUGUAAAUGAUUGUAAUGUCGCUGUAAAUCAACACAUUUACACUGGGUAAAGACUGUCCACCUGCAUAGUUUGUUUCACCUGGACUGGUUAAACAACAAUGAGGUCCCUAGUAACUAUCAGUGUUGGACUUCGAUGCUAUUGUUAUCUAUAUUCAAACCAUGUUUUCUGUUCCUGUUUCUGAUGAUGUUUGUAAGAUUAUUAUUAAAAAAUAAUUCAAAUCA